AUGUUCCCCAGAACCAUCUUAUCGUUUCUUCUCCUUACCAGCAUAGCACAUGGCCGUCCUAUCGAAUCACCCAGAGAUGACGCUCAACAGGUAGAGACCGUUCCAUUCAUCGGGGUCGAUCCUACAGACCCACGUAUGGCACACGGCCCUGACGGCCUCCGCCCCGCCUCAGCCGCAAUGGCAAUGAUCAUCGGCGCUGCCCAGCCCCAAGGCCAUGACGCUCCCGGAACCUUGCUCGCCCCAUACGAGCGGCCUCACACCACCCCUACUGCUCCCACACAUUUGUUCUUUUCCCCCGCGAGCACCCAUGUGACAGCCUCAGCCACCCCCAGCCUCCGCGCCUCCGAAAGCACAUCUGGUGUCAACCCCGCGCCACAGUCAAACACCUCCCAGCGCAACGUCCUCGUCCUCGCUAUCGUAGUCAGCACCGUCCUCGGCCUCCUUGUCAGUGUCACCAUCGGCAAGUACACCCUCGAGUACCUCCAGAAAGCGAAGCGCAAGUUACGGUUGUCGCAGGAGUCUUGGGGACACAAGGAGAGGCCAUUCCCCGUCAUCACUCCUGAAGUGCCCGUGCCAGACACUGAUACAGAGCACGAGAGCUUGAGGACAUUCUCAUUUCCUGGUCCGCCCUCCCGCAAGGGACGUCUGUAUGACUCCAACGAUACAUCCAAGCCCAAAAUACGCACCCGGUUCAGCAACCUGAUCGCGUACACUGCGUUCAGGCACCGUGAUCAUGACAGCGUCACCACCCAGGACACCGCUUCCUCCACGCCAUACCUUCUCAAUGUCCCGGGCCAUUCGGAUCACUCACGCACCAGGAGCGCACCCAUCAUCACAAACCACGACUCCAUGUCUACCGUGAAACCUGCGAAGUCCACAGAAUCAGACUGGGACAUUGCGAGGUCCUAUCGCAUAUCGCAGGCAAGUGAGAAUAUCCCUUGCUCCCUAGUUCCUUCUAGGGGCAGUAGGUUGUCCAGACUCGAUACGACAUGGUAG